AUGGCUGAGCAGCAGCAGGCCCCACCAACCUUCAAGCUUGUCCUGGUCGGCGAUGGUGGCACUGGAAAGACCACCUUCGUCAAGCGCCAUCUGACUGGCGAGUUCGAGAAGAAGUAUAUCGCAACUCUCGGUGUCGAAGUGCACCCUCUUACUUUCAGCACCAACCUGGGAACGAUCCAGUUUGACGUGUGGGACACGGCCGGUCAGGAGAAGUUCGGUGGUCUGAGAGAUGGUUACUAUAUCAACGGCCAGUGCGGUAUCAUCAUGUUCGAUGUUACCUCGCGUAUCACCUACAAGAACGUCCCUAACUGGCACCGUGAUCUCGUCCGUGUCUGCGAGGGUAUCCCCAUUGUACUCUGCGGUAACAAGGUCGACGUGAAGGAGCGUAAGGUGAAGGCUAAGACCAUCACCUUCCACCGCAAGAAGAACCUCCAGUACUAUGAUAUCUCUGCCAAGUCCAACUACAAUUUUGAGAAGCCUUUCCUCUGGCUCGCUCGCAAGCUGGUCGGCAAUCCUCAGCUGGAAUUCGUUGCCGCUCCUGCUCUUGCUCCCCCCGAGGUGCAGGUAAACCCCGAAGUUCUUGAACAGUACCAAAGGGAGAUGGAUGCUGCCGCCCAGAUGCCUCUGCCCGACGAGGAGGAUGCGGACCUGUGA